GAAGGAAUAAGAAAGCACGCGGUGAUGUCAUCAGUGCAGCCAAGUGCAAUUGAACUAAUUACGAUAUAUUACACACGUGUUAUUAAAAUUGCACACGUGUUAUAAGUUUCUUUCUAGUUUAUUUUAGAAAAACUAUUAUAUAUUGAAGAAAUGGCUAAGAGAUCACAACCAGCUUGGCAUCUGCCAGACAGGAAAGAUAAUACUGUUCUACGGUUAUACAACAGUUUGACCAGAGAAAAGGAAGUAUUUGUCCCACAAUUUGGAAAUCGAAUUCUGUGGUAUAGUUGCGGCCCUACUGUUUAUGAUGCAUCACACAUGGGCCAUGCAAGAUCAUAUAUAUCUUUUGACAUUCUACGUCGUAUAUUAUCAGACUAUUUUGGAUAUGAUGUUUUAUAUGUGAUGAAUAUUACUGAUAUAGAUGAUAAAAUUAUAAAAAGAGCACGGCAAAAUUACUUGUAUGAAAGAUACAUAGAAAAAGAUCAUGAUCUUGAUACCAUAUUGAAUGAUACAAGAGAAGUAAUGUCUACUUUUGAAAAUACUGUAAAAACUACAACUGAUCCCGAUAAAAAGUGCAUGAUGGAGAAGAUGCUAUGUAAAAUAACAAAAGCUAUUGAAGAUCUAGAAAAAGCAGUUAUAGGAAAAAAUGAGAAAGAAAUUAUAGAAUUUCAAAAAGCAUUGUUGAAAGAAGUUAAAGAUCCUUUAGCUGACUGGUUAGAUAAAAUAAAAGGCAGUACUGUUACAGAACAUUCAAUAUUUAAUAAAUUAUCUAAACAUUGGGAAUCAGAAUUUCAUAAAGAUAUGGAUGCUUUAAAUGUAUUAAGACCUAAUGUAUUGACAAGAGUUAGUGAAUAUAUUCCUGAGAUAAUAGCAUUUGUACAAAAUAUAAUAAACAAAGGACUAGCUUAUGAAAAUAAUGGAUCAGUGUACUUUGAUGUAGGCAAGUUUGAUAAACAGGAAAAACAUUUUUAUGCUAAACUUGUACCAGAAGCAUAUGGCGAUACAUCAAGUUUACAAGAGGGAGAGGGUGAUUUGAGUGUUAUGGAAGAUAAACUCUUUGAAAAGAAAUCAAUGACAGAUUUUGCACUUUGGAAAAGCUCAAAAGCAGGUGAACCAUGGUGGGACAGCCCUUGGGGCAAGGGACGGCCUGGGUGGCAUAUCGAAUGCUCAGUCAUGGCUUCUGAGAUUUGUGGAGAGAGCUUAGAUAUUCAUACAGGCGGUGUAGACCUUAAAUUUCCUCAUCACGAUAAUGAACUCGCACAAGCGGAAGCAUAUUUCGAUAAUUCACAUUGGGUCAGAUAUUUCCUUCACUCUGGUCAUUUGACUAUAGCUGGAUGUAAAAUGUCAAAAUCAUUAAAGAAUUUUGUAACUAUACAAGAUGCUUUAAAAAAACAUUCGGCGAGACAACUCAGACUUGCGUUUCUUCUGCAUUCAUGGAAGGAUACUUUAGAUUAUAGCGAUAAUACUAUGAAUAUGGCUGUGCAGUACGAAAAAUUUCUCAAUGAAUUCUUUUUGAAUGUUAAAUGUAAAAUUAGAUGUUUGGGAACAAAAACUACUAUUGAUAGUUUCACUAAAUGGUUUUAUCCGGAAAUAGAACUCAAUAAAAACUUUCAUGAUGCUAAGCAUUCUAUACAUAAAGCAUUGUGUGACAAUAUUGAUACAAGAACUGUUCUCGAUGUAAUACGAGAACUUGUGGCAAAUUGCAAUAUCUACAUGAGUCAAAAUAAAAAUCCAAAUACACUUCUUCUUAGGGAUAUUGCUGUAUAUAUCACAAAACUGUUUAUUAUUUUUGGGGCUAUUUCUUCUUCAUACGAUUCUAUUGGAUUUCCAAUUGAUGAUGAGACAGUUGGUGCAAAUGUUGAAGAGACUGUUAUGCCAUAUUUGGAAAUUUUGGCUAAUUUCCGGCAUAAAGUUCGAAAUUGUGCAAAAACUUUGAAAGCAAGCGAUAUUUUGCAAGAGUGCGAUAUAUUGCGCGACGAUAUCUUGCCGAAUAUUGGAGUGCGAUUAGAGGACAGUAAUGAAGAAGACUGUAAAGUAAAAUUAGUUAAUAGAGAAGAGUUGUUAAAGGAGAAGGAAAUGAAGAAAAAGUUGGAACUCGAGAAGAACUUGGAGAAAGAAAAGAAAAAAGCAGAGGCUGCUGCUGCUACAGCAGCGAAGGAAGCACAGAAAAAAAUAUCACCAAAUGAUAUGUUUAGAUUGGAAAAAGACAAAUAUUCUCAAUUUGAUGAUAAGGGAUUGCCAACGCAUGAUGCCGAAGGUAAAGAGCUUAGCAAAGGUUUGCUUAAGAAGUUGCAAAAGCUACAACAAGCACAGCAGAAACGAUAUAAUGAAUACUUAGCUUCAAUGCAGAAUGGUUGUUAAUAAGAUUUUGUAUGUGAGAAUCUGUCGUUUUAUCUGCGAAUUUUGUAUGUAGGAUGUCUGCUUUAUGUCUCAACAAUUGAAUUAUCAUUUUGCUAUUAUGAAGAUAAUAAUUAUUUUUUUGCAUUUAAUAUUUAAAUUAUUUACAAGUUUACACAGUUUAUUCAAAUAUAAUUUUUCAAAUAUGUGUGUGUGAAUAUUUGAUAUUUGAAUUAAUUGAUGUAAAACUUUUUAAAGCUUUGUUCUAAAAGCUUUAAAAAUGAUUUCGAUUUAAGUGUGAUUUUCUAUCAGUAUCUUCUUUACGAUUAAGUAUUUUCAAAUAUUAAAUUACUUUCAAAUCUUAUUUUUUAAGUAAUUUAUUUAUUUUUUGUUUGUAAUAUUUAUAUUAAAAAAUUACCGCGCGAAAAUAAUGCGCGAAAUUUCAUACAAUAUUAUUUUAAGUUAUUAUUAUACAAAAUAAAUUAACUUUAUUUAGGAUAUACUUUUAACAUGCAUUAUAAUAAAUAUAAAC